AUGGAAUAAUUAUUACCUAUGGUUAUUGAAGAAUACAAUGUCUUUAAGCAAUUUAUAAGGGAGUUGUAUAAGCAAACUCCAUUACAAGAAUACACAAAAUCUUUGGAUAUUUUUGAUACUGCUGUACUAGUAUCAAUUAUAAGUAUAAUUGGCUUAUGGGCUAUAAGGAAUCUAAAUUUUCCAAACAAAGAUUACAAUUAAAGUAUAUAAGAUUUUAUAGAAUAGGUUUUUUUGGAUAUUUGAAGGCAUAGAUAUUUCUAUUCUUUGUAAAUUAUUGUCCAGGUGUAAAUUCUUACAUAGAAAAAUAAAAAUAGAAUGCAUUACAAUCUUUUAGUGAUUCAAUGGAAAAAAUGACAACUAAAAAGACAUUAAAACUUCCUGAAAAUGGGAUUGAUACAGAUACAAUAAUGGAUAAACUAAAUGAAUGGGUAGAAAGAGAUAUUAAACAUUAUGGUAGUGGUAAAGUGUCUGGAUCAUUAUAUGUAAUGCCAGAUAAAUAAUUUAUAAAAAAUGCAUAAGAUUUUUGUAAAAACUUUUUAUAUUCUAAUCCAUUACAUCCUGAUUUAUGGCCAGCAACAAGAUAGAUGGAAGCAGAAGUAAUUAGAAUGACUGGAGAUUUAUUUGGAUAAGAAAAAGAAAGUAUAGGAAUAGUUACAACUGGAGGAACAGAAUCAAUACUUUUAGGUAUGUUAGCAUAUAGAAAUUGGGGAGAAUAAUAUAAAGGAAUAACAAAUCCAAAUAUGUAAAUUUAUUUAAUUAUUUAUAGAGUUAUACCUGAGACUGCUCAUGCUGCAUUUUAUAGAGCAGGUGAAUACUUUAAAAUAUAAGUAAGAAUAGCAAAGGUUAAUUAAACAACCUUUUAAGUAGAUGUUAAUGAUUUAAGAAGAUAAAUUGAUUCUAAUACAGUUUGUAUAGUAGGAUCUUUACCAAAUUUUGGUUAUGGAAUUUUUGAUCCUAUAGAACAAUUAGCUUAAAUAGCAAAGAAAAAGAAAAUUGGAUUACAUAUUGAUGCAUGUUUAGGAGGAUUUACUGCUAUUUUUGCAAAAGAUCAUGGUGUUGAUCUUGGAAAGUUUGAUUUUACUUUAGAUGGAGUUACAUCAAUAUCAUGUGAUUAACAUAAACAUGGUUUAGCACCUAAAGGAGUAUCAACUGUAUUAUUUAAAACUAAAUAAUUACGUGAGAGUGCUUUCUUUUCAAUUGCAACAUGGUCAGGUGGUGCUUAUGCUGCUCCAAGUAUGUAAGGAUCUAAAUGUGGAGUUGGUGUUGCUGGUGCAUGGUUUACUAUGUAAUCUAUUGGUAAAAAAAAAUAUAUUGAAUACAGUAAAAAAAUUAUGGAUGCUACAUAAUUAUUGGCAAAAUAAUUAUCAGAAAUACCUGAAAUCUAAGUUUGUGGAAAUCCUUAAAUUAAUUGUGUUGCUUUCAUUAGUAAGUAAUCAUGGCUCAAUGUUUAUGCUGUUCAUGAAAUAUUGACUCAUCAAGGUUGGACUAUUAGUAGUGUAUAAAAACCAGCAGGUAUUCAUAUUAGUAUUACUUAAUAAAAUGUUUCUAAUUUGAAAUAAUAUGUUCAUGAUAUUAAAGCUGCUAUUGAAAAAGUAAAUUAAAUAAUAUUAUCAAGAUUAAAGCAAAUCCUUAAGAGUAUAAAAAAGGAGGAGAAAUGGGAACUCUCUAUGGUACAACAUAAAAAAUACCUGAUUCCAAAUUAGCUGGCUAAGCAUUAAAAGUUUAUUUGGAUUCAUUAUUAAAGAUAUGAGUUAACAUUAAGUUAUUUUAAAUAGUAC